UCCGUGAAUGGGGGAAGGGAGAAGAGAAGAGGCAGUUGGGAGGGGCUCGUCUCCUGCUGCCCCGGGAUCGGAGGAGCGCGUCACGGGACGUGCCCGCAACUUGUGGAACUCACCGCCACGUGAUGCGGUGACACUUCUGAUCCCCCCCCUCAACAUCCCCCCCACACCGGUUUUGAUGGCUUUAAAAGAGAAGUCGAAUGCAUGGAGGAGGAAAAGGUUUUGAAGGCAGAGAGAAAGACACCCAUUCUUCAUAUUGGAGCACUUUUGAAAAAGCUUGCCUCCAUGGAAGAGGUACAAGAUUUAGCAGAACAGCCAAUAAAAAAGGCCAAGAUGCAGGAAUCAGGAGAACAACUAUUAAGGCAAGUGAGCAGCUCGGACAGUAAUGAUCAAAAGCCUGAAUCUUCAAGUCUUGCUUCAAACCUGUCUAUAUCUAAUCAAAUCAUGCCAUGCACUGACUACAUCUCAAGGUCAUCAAAUGACUAUACCUCACAGAUGUAUUCUGCAAAGCCAUAUGCACAUGUCCUUUCUGUACCUGUUCCUGAGACGAUGGCCUCUUAUUCUGGGCAGACUCAGUAUCAAACCCUACCACAGUCCCAGACAUACGCUGUUUAUCCCCAGACAACCCAAGCCUACGGACUACCUCCUUUUGGUGCACUGUGGCCAGGUAUGAAACCUGAGAGUGGUUUAAUUCAGACUCCAUCUCCAAGUCAGCACAGUGUUCUUACCUGCACUACAGGGUUAACCACAAGCCAAUCCAGCCCAGCACAUUAUUCUUACCCUAUUCAAGCUUCAAGUACCAAUGCCAACUCAAUUUCCACUUCCUCACCUGCUGUCAAUAUUUCAGCAGCUACCGCCAGCAUCUCUCAACAGGAGUAUCCUACAUACACAAUCCUUGGCCAAAGUCAGUACCAGCCGUAUUAUCCCAGUUCAAGUUUUGGUGUGAUAGCACCAGCAGACAGCAGCACAGAGACCAACACGUUGACAUCUGCCACCUAUCCUUCUGAAAAAUCAAAUGCCAUGGUGCCUACCCAGACGGUGCAGAGACAUUCCUCUGGUGAUCCAUCUACCAGUCCAUCAUUGCCAAGAGCGACUGCAAGUAAACAUGUAGAUGAGCAGUCUAGGAGAAACAUGACUCCAAAAAACAGAGGCAAGAGGAAAGCAGACGCUUGUUCACCGCAGGACAAUGAGCUUGAACGAGUAUUUCUGUGGGACUUGGAUGAAACCAUCAUAAUAUUUCAUUCUCUUCUGACAGGCUCAUAUGCCCAAAAAUAUGGGAAGGAUCCCAGUUUAGUUGUUGGUUUUGGAUUAACAAUGGAAGAAAUGAUUUUUGAAGUGGCUGACACACAUUUGUUUUUCAAUGACUUGGAGGAAUGUGACCAAGUACAUGUAGAAGAUGUUGCAUCAGAUGACAAUGGCCAGGAUUUAAGCAACUACAAUUUUUCCACCGAUGGCUUCAGCGGCUCAGGAAGUAACGCCAAUCAUGCUUCCACAGGAGUCCAAGGAGGAGUGGACUGGAUGAGGAAGCUGGCAUUUCGCUACCGGAAAGUACGCGAGGUCUAUGAUAAAUACAAAAACAACGUUGUUGCUCUUCUCAGUCCUGAGAAAAAAGAAGCACUACAGCGAUUAAGGGAAGAUAUAGAAGUGUUAACAGAUUCUUGGUUGGGAACAGCGUUAAAAUCCCUCCUGCUCAUUCAGUCCAGAAAAAAUUGUGUGAAUGUCCUGAUAACAACCACUCAGCUAGUGCCAGCUCUGGCCAAAGUCCUGCUUUAUGGACUUGGGGAAGUGUUCCCCAUUGAGAAUAUUUAUAGUGCUACAAAAAUAGGUAAAGAGAGCUGUUUUGAACGAAUUAUCUCUCGAUUUGGCAAGAAGGUGACCUAUGUGGUGAUUGGAGAUGGCCGUGAUGAAGAAUUGGCAGCCAAGCAGCACAACAUGCCAUUCUGGAGAAUCACAAAUCAUGCGGAUCUGGUGUCCCUUCACCAGGCUCUCGAAUUAGACUUUCUGUGAGGACCUGGGCACAAAGCAUCUUGGCCCUGCUCCCAACAGUCACCUCGUGGCUUAAACAGGAACCAGUCUGGGGACUUUUCUCUUUCACCCAGACAAAGAAAUGCAGCCAGUGGAAGUGUACAGCAGGAGGUUCUUCUCCCCCAUCGCUGCUUUCCCGGGAGAACCGACAAAGCCUUGGCAACGCAGCUCCGGUGCUCGAAUGGUUCUCUGUGGGUUCGGUUUUUUUUUUUUUUUUUUUUUUUUGGCAAAGGGAACUUUGGGAAACUUCCAGGUGCAGAAUCUCCAGCAGCAAAGGCCUUUCUCCCUGUGUAGCCCUCUGUGGUAUUAUACUAAAGAAGAGAAAAGCAGUACAGUUUGGUAGAAUACUUUUGCUCCAUACAGACUUUUUUCAAGCUGUUAAAUGGGAAAGGAAGGCAAAUAGAUUGUUUUUUUGUUUUUACAGAAAGCGGUCCAGGCAUGUCUCCCUUCUUGCAAAGCUCAGAAAUAGCACUGUUUAUAUGGUGUUUUUUUUUGGGGGGGGGGGAGAUAACAAAUAAGGUGUGUUGGAUGAAGGGGAGCUUUUUAGUUUUUCCUACUAAGCCAGGGACCGAAAAUACCCAACCAUUCCCUUGAGGUACCAUGGCUGUCCCCGAUUCUUUUUCUAGCAAAUACACCCACUUGACUAGCAUGGUAUAUUUUUUAAAGUGAGGACAAGACUCUAGAAUCUAAUUGUCCCGUGCCAUCCCUCUUUUCAGCACCUGCAUAAUUGGGUAACAAGAAAGCUCUUUUUCUUAGAUCCGAGAUGGCACCCUGCCCGUCCACGAUAGGAGUCCCCUUCAGAUGCCAACUUCCCAUGCACCAAGGAUAGUGUCCUUUUCCGUUCCGAUUUUCUGAGGCAAGGAUUUGGGUAGAACAAGGUACCAAGGAGCGGGUGAGGGUGGGCUACAGUGCUGCAAAAUAUAUAUUUUUUCAACCCCAGGGCAAAAGAGAUCCCUUUAGCUCCUUUGCAGAAGUUGACGGUAGAGAUAGCAGCCUGCUAAUGUUUUAAGAGAUGCCUCCUGUAGUUCUCCAGUUUAUUUCCACUUGGCAAUGGUACCUGAUUUUCUUCAGUACUGUAAUCUCGGCUGUAGCUGGAUAGCAAUUUUGCAUCCCCUGCAUCCCUUUCUUUUGGUCGUCAACCUGGAAGCUGUUGAAAUAGUAAACAGAAAUGGAAGUCACCCUUAGGUUACUAAGUGGCAGACCAGAAUGGUGGCUCCUUGUUAGGGAGGCAGUGGGGUAUUUCCUUUUGGUGUAAGUGCAUAGUAGACAUUGAUGGCGCAGAUACUGCAACAUUCGGUUAUUAGAAAAAAUGGUUCUCGUUUCCUUGCUCAAGGAGACACCCAGCCUUCUUGCUGCCCGGUGUUUUUUACAAAUACUUUAAAAGACAGGCCUAGCAGUGUAUUAUUGGAUGAAAAUAUAUUCUCCCUCCCAGAUCUUCCCCCCUCCCCUCUCCAGAUACAGAAUAGAGGGGGCCUCUGUCUGUUUAAUCGCUUUCCUGCAGAUUUUUAUUUCUCAGCAAAAGUGUGGAAGUCAUUUGCCUUGAGGGGCCCUUGCUUGACUUUGGAAAUAACUCUUGUGCCUUAACUUCUUCCCAGAGUCCUGGAAACGUCAACCGUUGUGUGGAAGAGCCUCUUCCGUGUUGAAAGUUAAUCUUUUGAUUCUAUUUUUUUAAGCAAUCUCAGUCAGUGAAUGUUGAGCCCCCAGGAAACUGGCUCAGAGGUGCGUUUUUUUUUUUCUAGAAAGAAGCCCCUUGCCAGCCCCUUGUCAGGUUUUGGAAACACCUUUGGCCAUGUGGGAAGCUUUUGGCAUCAGGUUCUGAUCUUUGUAACGCCUCCUUCUCCAAUAUACAUGGGCCGAUUUGUUUCCCUAAGCCACUCAGGGCGAUGGUACAUUUUCUGUAUUAACUUUUACAAAAGUCGAUUCAGCUCUUGCACCACUGAUUUUGCUGGCUGCUUUUCUCUUGGGACUUCAUAGAAUUUGGAAACCAGUGUGUUACCACUUCCUUCCCACUGUUUAGCUUUCAAGCAUGCCUGGGUUUUUUUUUCUUCCUCUAAUGCAAAGAUGGAUGAACAUCACCUGAAGUAGGUGGGAGACUGUCAUCUCCCACCAAGUGUGAGAAAUAGGCUGCAACUGCAAUUGCAUGCCGUAAGCAAAAGUAAAUGACAGUUGCGGAUUCUCCCUCAGGAUCCCGUCAACGUCCUGGUGUCAGCUGUGCUUAUAAUACGGUAGUGAUUGGAGGGCAUUAAAUGGCUAUAUAGAUUCCUUAAACAUCAUGUUCUAUGUAAUGGCAACUGUCCUGUGAACUGGAAAAAAAAUAAAGUCUUUUAUUUUCUAUACAA